AUGCGCUCCUCUCAAGUAAUUGCUGUGGUUCUCACCCUGCUGCCGGCAUUCAGCGCCGCUGUGCCCCAGGCUCGGUCAAGCACGACCUUGAAGACCUCAGCCAAAGCAUCUUCAACUAAUACCGCUGCUGCUGCUGGCGCCGGUAACGCCACUUCGAGUGCCACCUCUGCUGCUGGCGCAUCGGCAAGCUCUUCUUCCUCCUCGGCAAGAGGCGCUUCUGCUUCUUCUACAUCAAGUGCGGUCCCUGCUGUGGACAGCAGUGGCGUCACUAUGGGCAUGCAGAUGGUCAGCGAUACCCAAAUCGCCAACGCUGUUUUGUCUUGGAUGAAUGACACCGGAAAGGUCACCAACUUCCUUGACAGUGCAACUUCGUUCACCGGUGACGAGUUCACUCGUCAGGCCACCAUCGCCCUCAACGCAGAAAAGGAUGAGCUCAAUCACAAGAAUAUCCUCGAUGCUGCUAUGGGUACGCAGCCCGACGUCCAGGCUGCCAACAACGUAUUAGCAAUGCAGGGAACAUUCCAGAUGGUCGUCGACACUCUGCAAAAGAUGGUGGACCAAGGCCCUGACACUGCCCAGGCCGAUGUUGAUGCUAUUAACCAGAACCGUUGCGUCAACGUACUUCCCAACAUCGACAAAUACUUCGCCGCUGCCGGAUCCUCCACUAUCAGCGCGAGCCGACCAACUGGUUGCCUUGAAAUUACCAGCGCACCAACUGGCACUGCCGCAGCUGGUGCUGGUAAUGCUGCCGCUCCGGCUUCCACCACCAGUUCCGCUGCCGCUUCUGCCAGUUCUACAAGCGCUGGUGGUGCUUCCGCUGGAUCAUCUGCUACAUCUGCUGCAUCGUCCACGUCAAGCAGCGCCGCUAGCUCAACUUCGAAGGCCGGCGCAGCUGCUGCUGCCAAGACUACGUCCAAGGCUGCGAAUUAA